AUGCCGGCCAUAAGCGGGGAGAUCAAACCAGAGGACGUGGCUGCUGCCAGCGUCUUGCUGCAAUGCUUGCAGGCCUCGAAGAGUAACCACUCGGAGAACGGUGCUGCACAGCUUCAGAAUGGCUGGAAGCCGUCCAAGGAGCUGGCUGAUGCGAUUGAGGCGCUUGCGGAGGAAGCUCGCCGCGCCCUGCCCGAUGUCACCGUUGGGCUUUGGCCUGGAGCCGCCAAGGCCGAGCCCUAUGACGAGAUGCGGGACGAGAAAGGACACUGCCGCGCAGCCUAUGCGGGCGUCAUAAAGGAGAUGGACCAGAUUCUGAAUCGCAAGCCCAGACGCAUCAAUGACUUCAAAGCCGAGUCUGAGAAAUGCUUCAAGGGCGACAAUCGAUUGUACCACAUCCCGCGGAUGCUUACACAGCCGGAGGCUGCGAAAAUUACCGCAGGAGUAGCGCAGCGAGCGCAGGCUCUGCGACGGCUAGUGAUGGAUGUCAACAGCAGGAAAGAGAUGAAAGUUGGACAGUUGGGCUGUGUGCGGAGUGGAGCACUGCCUCGUGAUGUCUUCAAUCGAAUCGCAGCUCGAGCUGGUGAGCAAUGGACUCAGAACCUAGUACAGAAGGAAGCGGAUUCAAAGAAGCUCUACUGGAACAUCUGGUAUGGUCCAGACAUCAUCCGUGGACCUUGCGAGCAUGGCCAUGAGUUCUAUGUUGUAGAGGACAACUUGGGCUAUGUUGGUGGCUUCGGAGACCUGCCCCUUGCGCGGCAGGUUCUGCUGGGAGAGGCCAACGGUUCAAAAGGCUUCCCGGAGCUGAAGCCCCACUUGGAGCCUGCGAAUGCCGAGCGCCUCUACGAAGAGAUGGCCAAUCACUACAAGCGCCAGGUCGCCGAGGGGGAGAAGGUGGUCGUUCUGUACUACCACCGCUCCGUCCGGGACGACAACGAAGAUCGCCGGCUUGUGACGCUCUUGAGGCAGAAAGGCCUCGUGCCGGUGCAACUGCCAGACGAGAAAGGCCCCCGUGAAGAUCAGCCCAGGCUGCUAGUCCGCCACGGCCGCGUCCUCUUGGCUCCGGCGAAAACGACAACCUCUCAGAAAGACCUCGGCUCCGACCGCCGCCCAGUGCGGCGGCGGGGGUCACCUGUGAAGCAGCCGGCUCCGCACGAAGAGCCUGUUGGGCUGGUGGUUUUGCUGUCCGAACCCACGGAUGUUCAGCCAGGACAUCCCAGCACAAAGCUCCGCUCGGCGAUUGACGAGGCUCGCAGUCGAAUCAGUGCAUACGAAGAGAUGGAGAAGAAAGAGGUGAUGAAGGCCUCAAGAAACGAAAAGUCUUUAGUCUCCAUGAAGGCCAAGGUUGAGUUUCUGGACACAGAUGGCAACAAGAGCUCGCUACAGAUGAAAGGGGGCAAGCUCAUCUGGACGUGGACAGACAAGAAUACCAACCAAAGCGAGCGCAUUGAUGGCCCGAUUAGGUACAAUGCAGGAUCUGGCAGGCUGACCUUCGGCGAGUCUUACCAUUAUAAGCCAGAUGCAGAAGGCUUGAAAAAGCUGGAACAGGCUUGGCAGAUGAGCGACCACCCGAUCGAGGCGGAGCGGGCGCGCCGCUGCGCCGCGGAGUUGCGCGAAGCCGUGGAGUCUGUCGGCCAGGUGAUUGGUGAGCGCGAUAGCAAGAAUGCACGCGAUCAGCUCUUCCGUGUUCUGCGCCGGGACGACAAGGAGGGAUGGCAGCGCCUCAUGGAGGGCAAGCAGGGUGUCCCGGGGCUCUUGGAAGCAUACUACAAAGGCAGGGUCAAGGUCGCCAACGGUCCUGGUUUGAUUUUGGUGGAAGACAAGGAGCUGUGCUCUUACAUGGACCAGCUGAUUCGGCAUUACCUCGGUGAGGAGCCGCUUCUUCGCACGAUCCCCACCCGGAGCUUCGCAGGGGAAGCUGAUCUGAUCCACUCCGUCUUCGACAUUCCCAGCACACAGCCCAACGUUGUGGUCAAGCGCGUGGAUGGUCGCGGAGGCAAUGCAGUUUGGGUGGGGGCAAAGCUGCCGCGCCAAGAGUUUCUGGCAGCACGGUCGCUCGUGGCUGCUGAGCCUGAAGCGUUUAUCGUACAAAGAUACACGGCUCUGUCCAAGGUUGAUGGCCAAAUCACGGACCUUCGUGGCCCGGCAUUCAUCACAAGCAGUGAUGAGGCUCUCAGUGGAGGUCCAGGCGUGGCGAUCUCACCGGUCCUCUGGGGCCGUGGAGUGCCAGCAGACAGCAGCAACGGGAAGGUCAACAUCUCAGAUGCCGGUUUCGAGUUCGCGGUGGCGACUGCUACGCUGUGCUGA